AUAACGUUAAAAUUGUAAACCAUAAUUAUUUGCGUACAACGGAACGCAAAUAGUAGAAGUGUUUAGUCUAUGAUCUGACAAGUAACCUCCAGCGUCAUUUCUGUACUUUUACAAUUUUUAUAGUUAUUUUCUUUUAUUUUGCUGAUAUUUUACAUUAAAUAAUAUCUAAUUAUUUUUAUUUUGAGUUUUUAAACCAAAUAAAGUGGCAAUAUAGUGAAAUAUUUUAAGAGUACAGAAAAUGUAAGAAUUGCUCCCGCGUGUUUCCUUCCCGCGCACGUCGUACGAGGUGGAAGUUGGUCAUGGUCGUCCGCCAAACGGAAAGCCGCCAUGAUGGCUUUCUGUAAAGUACGCUCAAUAUGUAAAGUUUCGUUAUUGUUUUUCAUUAAUUGUGACUGAGUGCGUGCAAAAAUUAAUCAUGGGAACGAACUAGAGUGUGCAAAGUUCAGUUUACGGUCCCUUGGGACCUCCUAGUGGAGCUAUAAAGUGUUUUAUAAGUGCAUUUUUGUGUCGACGCUAGCGUGUUUUGUUCUGUCAACAAAAUGUCGAAGCUCUCGUUUAGGGCGAGGGCCCUGGAUGCGUCGAAACCAAUGCCCAUAUAUCUCGCCGAGGAGCUUCCGGAUUUACCGGACUACUCGGCGAUUAACCGUGCAGUACCUCAAAUGCCUUCUGGAAUGGAAAAAGAGGAGGAAAGCGAACACCAUCUCCAGAGGGCAAUAUCAGGCACCGGUCUGAUAAUACCAACGCCAGAGGUAUGCCAGGUCAGCGACCUAGAGUUCUACGAGCGAUGCUACCCGCCAGAUUACAAAAUGCCCAAGCAGCAUAUACAUAUGCAACCGCUAUGGGAAGAGCAAGAGGCGCCGGAGUACGACAUCGACACGGAGGACGAGCGGUGGCUGAAACAGCAGAGGCAUCCCGAGCUCUCAGAGCUGAAGUUCGAACAGAUGAUGGACAAGCUAGAGAAGAGCUCGGGCCAGACGGUGGUGACCCUGAACGAGGCGAAACUGCUUUUAGACAGGAGCGACGACCUCAUCAUCGCCGUGUACGACUACUGGCUCAAUAAGCGGCUUAAUACAGAAUCGUUUUGUCUUCAGCAACACCCGCUUAUACUGUCCGUUAAGACUGAGAACAGGCCGGGCCAGUCGUCGAACAAUCCCUAUUUGGCGUUCAGACGAAGAACGGAGAAAAUGCAGACCAGGAAGAACAGAAAAAACGACGAGAGCUCAUACGAGAAGAUGCUGAAACUCCGUCGGGAUCUGGCUCGGGCGCUCACCUUACUCGAGCUGGUCGCCAAGCGGGAGAACGCCAAGCGGGAGCUGGUGAGGCUCACGGCUCUCAUAGCCGAGCGACGGUACGCCGCUGGGGACUUCGCUAACCAGCUGCUGCCUGACCCGCCACCCAGGCCCGCGUACACGGCGGUGGCGGCGCUGUCGAGCGGCUUCCGUCGCGAGGCGUACACCGCGCCGCACUACCCGCCGCGCGCCGCGCCGCCGCCGCAGGACACGCCCAGACAGCGUGAGAAGCGUCCGUACAAGAGACGGAAACACAGGCAUCCCGUCGUCGGCUCCGUGCAGGGGCUGAGAGUUCCGCUCCGGUCCGCAGACUCGGGCGUGUACACCUCCUCGGAGGAGGAGGGGAGCGGGCGAGCGGAGGCCGCCACUCCGCCCGACGACGGACCCUUCGCGUUCCGACGGAAGCCGGGCUGCUACUACGAAAUGCCCACGUCGACACUGUACGGCGAUCCCCUGGACCCGGACGAUCCCUCCAAAGAGGGGUUGUUCGAGCACGAAGUGGAUGAGAAGUAUAGGUUCACGUUGGCGUCAGUACGCGGCGCGGACGGCGCCAUGGUGUGCGCGGGCUUCUGCCGGCGGCGGCGCGCGCGCGGCGGGCGCGUGGCGCUGGACCGCGUGCGCACGCCGCUGUCCGCGCUGCUCGCCGCGCUGCCCUACACCUACCCGCACUCCGCCGAGCACAAGCGGCGCCGCAACGAGGAGGUUGAACUCGAGACGAAAGCGCAUCGAACGCCCAAAGAGAUGUCCCGAGAUUACCACACGAGCGGCAAGUACCCGUGGCGGCACGCCUUCAGACGACACCUGUCGCGGAACCCCGACCUCUGGACCGUGUCGGACGACAUCAAACAAGAAGCGACCGACACGACAGACAAACCCGACAAACACGUUCAUCCGACAAGAUCGGACCUGCCGGACGUCAUACAAGACAGUGUUAAAAGUGAUAUUAGAUUUAGUGCGAGGACUAUAGACGGUGUUGUGCGGGAGAACCUGGACAGGGUCAUGAGGAAGAGGGCCUGGAGCGGGUGCUCGGACAGCAGUUACGACUCGGACGAGAGCCUGCAGCCCGUCGAGAAGGAGUUUGAGAAGUUUAUCAAUGAAGUUAAUAAGAAAUGGUUACAUUUCCGACCGAAAACACCGCCGCCGUCGCCGCCCCGCGAGGACAAGCACGAAGACCAGUUCCCCGUCGCCCUCGACACGCCGAUCUCCGUGGAGCUGAGGGCGGCCGAGCGACCGCCCUCCGACGCCCUGGACACCUUCACCACGUCCGAGUUCAGCCUGGCCCAGCUGUACCCCGACCUCAGCCACGACGUCGACAACAGCGCCAGCAGUCUCGACAUCAGCGGCGAUGAUUUACUCACGGAGAACUUUACGGGUCUAACAGAAGCCCAAGUAGAAAGCAUCCUAUCUGAGACGGACCUGAAGGCGCUGGCGGACGAGGACGACAAGAAGAUCGCCAUCACGGACGACAUACUCGACGAGCUCGUCAACAACGUCGACGCUAAGGAUUCUUUUUUAUUGCACGGCCAGAGCUCGGACGGGCGUGCCGACUCUGGCCCGAGGAAGAGAAAGGCGGAAACGUUUGGUUCGUCCAUCGUGAGCGUAACACCCGUGGAUAAGGAACCUAUAUACGUGGACCUGAAGGCCGAGCCGCCGCCGCCGCCCAUCAAGACAGAAACGCCCAAACCCAUCAAGGAGGAGAAAAUCGACGCGCCCGCACCAGUGCCCACAUCCAAAAUCAUCGUAGAGGAAGUCAACGAAAUACCGCAAAUCAAAAUCGAGAAGAAACGCAAAGAGGAUACCAUAGAAGAGAUACAGUUAGCUCACGGUGUUCAGCUGAAGACAGUGCAGACUAAACACUCGCCUUUGAAGAAGCAUAUUAUCACGUCAGCGGGGCACAGGCGGGCUAGUGAUGUGACUAUAGUGACGUCGGUCGGGGAGGCACAGAGUCAGGCCCAGCCCACGUCGCAGCCUCAGAUUGUGACUGUAGCCGUGUCUGAUAGCUUGAAGGUCCGUCUACAGAACCACCUGUUGUCGAGCCAGUCGGGCGUGCUGGUGCAGAAUGGUCCGUUCCCGCCGGUAGCCGUCAUGCCUGUACAGGCUAGAGACGGAUCAGGAACGGUGAGCGUAGCAAGUGUGAGUGGAGGACACGCAACGCACAGCACGCGCGUGGUGACCGCGGGCACAGCCGGCGUGGCGGGGGUCGCGGGGGUGGCGGGGGUCGCGGGGGUCGCGCGCAGGGUGCCCGCGCCGCUGGUGGCGCUGGGCCACAAGCACGUGCACGCGCACGGGUCCCCGCUGGGGUCGCCGCUGGGCUCCCCGCUGGGGUCGCCGCUCGUGGUGGCGCAGUCCCACACCAUCCACCACGUGGCGCCCAGCAAGCUCAAGGUGCUGCACGCGCACCCGCUCACGCAGGGCCAGCGCACCGCGCUGCUGGCGCAGAACCGCGCGCUGCAGGGGCUGCCCGCCGUCGUGUCGCUGGCCGCGCUGGACGGCAAGGCGCCCGCCGCCGCGCUGCUCAAGGCGGCGCCCGGCGGCGUGGCGCAGCUGUUCGAGAUCAAGGGCGGCCAGCUCGGCAAGGGCCCGCACCUCGUCAACGUGGUGCGCCAGCCCGCGCCGCGCGCCGACGACAAGCGCCGCGUCAACCUCAGCCUGGACGGGCGCCAGCUCGUGCGCGCCGCGCUGCCGCAGGUGCGCCACCAGCUGGCGCUCAAGGCGCGCGCGCCCGUCACCGUGGCGCCGCGCGCGCUCGUGGCCAACCUGCUGCAGGCGGGCGUGCCGCUGCCGCGCGCGCCGCCGCGCCUGCCCGCGCCCGUGGCGCUGGCCGCGCCCGCGCUCAAGCGUACGGCAGCGUGUUUUGGCGGUGUUCCUAUUAAAAUGUAA